ACGUUGCUAUUUUAAUAUUUGGCGUGAUAAAGGUGAAAAUACGCGUUCCCGGUUCAAUAGGCUUGGUAUUAUCAGAGAAUGCGCUUCUUAUCUCAAGGUAAUUGAAUCUAACAGUGCUACAAAAGUAAGAAGAAUAACCAAUCGGCGAUGAAAGUGUUUUGUUUAAUUUUACUCGUAACUACUAAUGCAAUUAACGCGAACUACUUAGGGGGAAGGUUUGAAGCGCUAUCCUCCCCGAAAGUGUAUGCAAAAGUCCUUCAACAGUACCUAUCCAAAGAAAAUCCGUUAACAUCGAAGUGUAAGGAGGAUCUGCUGGAUUUGGUGAAGGGCCUUCAGGGAGACCAGAAAUGGGCAAUACAUAUGUACGAUGCUGGCGCAAAGCUUCAAUCUGGUAUUUUGGAUGGAAAUUUUUUCGCAUUGGGCUCAUUCGAUCAAUGCAUAAACGUUCGUAAGGAGAAUAGCAGCUUGGAAGGAAAAUAUUGUCCGGGAUUAUUUACCACUCCUAUUGACUAUAUAAGACAAGUAGCGGAUCUACCACCAGACAUCAAGGUACCAGAGGAUAUUGGUUUAUCAGUUUGCCUUCCCAAUUCGUGUACCGCUAGUGACAUUGAAAGCACAGAAAGUGGACUUGGAUUUAACUUAAAAAUCGACGAAGAAUUGUGCCAGACGAAAGCAACCCAAGCCAAAGUGACUACAGGAGGCUACAUAACAUUGGGUUUCUUUGGCAUAAUACUAAUACUGAUGGUUGCCUCAACCGUAUACGAUCUUAUCUGCAAGGAAACUGCACACUGGGCGUUAAAAUCGUUUUCCGUGCGAUCAAAUGGAAAGAUAAUUUUUUCGACUGCCGCACCCAAUCGUAACCAGAUCACGUGUUUCCAUGGUCUGCGACUAUUUGCCAUGAUCGAGGCGAUGACAAACCACGUGUACUUUUUUCGGUUUCAGUAUCCCUCCAUGAACAUGUUUUACUAUUACUAUUGGAAACGCGAAGCCGUAAAUGUGGCCUUAGCCAUACCGAAUUGGUCCGUUGAUCUUUUUCUGUUUAUAGGCGGCUGUUUGGUGUCGUACAUAUUUUUGCUGAAAUCCGCCAAAGGCGUUAAGUUUAAUAUUAUUUUUCAUUACAUCGGACGAUACUUCAGACUUACUCCUCCAAUGAUACCUGUACUAUUGUUUACUCUAACAUGGUUUAAGUAUGUUGGUUCCGGCCCACUAUGGAAUAACAUGGAUACCUUGGUUGGACAGUGCCAAACGCAGUGGUGGUCUUAUUUACUCCACAUUCAAAAUUUCAUGCCUUCUGUGUGUAUUGUCCCAACUUGGUACAUCAGCAUUGACUUCCAAUUCUAUUUGCUCUCGCCAAUUUUACUAAUACCUUUAGGACGUUGGCCAAAGUUUACUUUGACGGUGGCAGCGUGUUUGGCCACUUUAUCUGUGUUAAGUACGUUUUUGAUUGCUUGGCUGAUGAAAUUACCCGGCGCAUACUUAACUCCAGAUAAAAAUUUUCUGUACUAUUAUUACUAUUUCCUGCCUUCGAAGGCGUUGCCGUGGUUAGUUGGGUUUAUAUUUGGAUAUAUCAUUUUUGCAAAAAUAAGGGAACAGAACGAGGUACGGACAUGUAAGGGGUUCUCAAGAUUCGUAUUGGGUGCUGCUAUAGUAGUAAUUUUGAUAUGCCGAUUUGUAGUGUAUCUUAUAACGGUUACACCUUACAAUCAGAUAUCGAAUUCAUUUUGUUUGGCUGUAACACAGCUAGGAAUUAUACCAAUAGGAUACAUUGUAUACUGCUGCCAUCUUGGGUAUGGAGGUGUCAUCAACCGCUUCCUAUCAAACCCACUAUUUGAAGUAGUGGCCAAGUUAUCGUACAACAUGUACCUGGUACACCACUUGGUAGUAGAGUACAACAUAGCCUCUAUACGUGUUUCUCCGUUUUUGAGUAACUACACUUUCUUGUUUCACGAUCUGCCUGGUGUCGUGUUCCUGUCAUUUUUGUUGGCAAUUGUACUCUCUUUGGGCGUUGAAUUACCAGUCGAGCAUUUCGUGGGCGCUCUAUUGAAUCGCAGGAAGAAAAAUGCUUAAUUGUUGAUAAAAAAAAAGUAUUUUAACACAUUGACUCUUAUUAAAUUAGGUUAAAUUAAAUAAUAAUAUAAGAAUAAGUUGGGAUUAAAAUGAAUGUAUUGGGUUGUUUUUAGGUCUCAUUUAUAAUAGACUCUGACAUUGGCA